UAAGAUUUCGUUUCUGUUACAUGAGAGAGACUGAUUUUUUUGAGAUCCGAAAUGGAGAGUAGAUAAGAACAAAAUUUCCGGUUAGAGAGAGAGAUCCUGAUCUUUUCAAGCAUUUUUCAUCGGAGAGAGAGAAAAUCUGUGAUUCCGUACUGUAUAGUGGCUGCUACAAAUACGAUCGAUGACAUUAAUGCAUUCAUGUCUCUCUUCCGUGCAUGAAGUCACUGAAUCAUUGCCUGGAGAUUUUGAAUGAAAAAACAAGAACAGAGAGAAAUUAAAAGCUGGCUGAAACUUCUGCAAAAUUUGUUGUGAUUCACUGUUUUCGGCGAACAGUUAAAAAAGGAUUACAGCUACUUGCUCCUGAAGUUCUUCAUUUCCUGGCGAGUCGUCUUUUGUUUUUUAGUCCUUUGGGGUUCCCAAAGAAACUGUGUCUGCUCUCUGAGGUUUCGCCGUGAAACUGCUCGGGAACGGAGGAAUGUUCUUAGGCGACCGCCUGAAGACAAAUUGUGCAAAGCUCAAUCCGUAAAAAUCCCCCGGCUUCCAAAAAAAAAAAAAAGAAGUAGACUGUAUUUUGGGGAGGAAGUUAACAUCCUUUUUAUCCUAGUUUUUCCUUUCGAAGCUCCUUGAAGAGUCUCCGGCCGCAUAUCUUUGAUUUUAAUGCUUCAGAAGGAGAGCGUUUACAGAUAUAGCCCGAAGUGAGGCUUCUUCCAGCUCUGUGAAGUAGAAGCCUUGAGACUUUUGAAAAUAAAAGGGAUUUGCAGACCACUGUUUGAUCGCUCAUUUUCAUAUUCCGAAAAUUGGCAUUCAAACAAUGGAGGCAGAGAAAUGCUUGGAUCCUCAACUAUGGCACGCCUGUGCCGGAGGCAUGGUCCAGAUUCCUCCGGUUAACUCCAAGGUCUUCUACUUCCCUCAGGGCCACGCUGAGCACGCCCAGGCCCGCGUCGAUUUCGACUCCUUGCCCAGAACCCCUGCUCUCAUUCCUUGUCGAGUUAGGGCCGUGACGUUCUUAGCUGACCCUGAAACCGACGAGGUUUUCGCCAAGAUCAGAUUGGCUCCAACGGGAAACACUGAGCUUGAUUUUGUUGAUGAUCAGCUUUUGGGGGCCAAUGGGUCUGAGAAUCCAGAGAAACCCGCUUCCUUCGCCAAGACAUUGACCCAAUCCGACGCCAACAAUGGGGGCGGUUUCUCGGUUCCGAGGUACUGUGCCGAGACAAUUUUCCCGCGGUUGGAUUACAAGGCGGAUCCGCCGGUUCAGACCGUGAUUGCCAAGGAUGUUCACGGAGAGGUCUGGAAAUUUAGGCAUAUUUACAGGGGGACGCCGCGCCGGCAUUUGUUGACGACUGGGUGGAGCACCUUCGUAAACCACAAGAAGCUAGUUGCAGGGGAUUCCAUUGUUUUCCUGAGAGCUGAAAACGGUGAUCUCUGUGUCGGUAUUCGACGAUCCAAGAGGGGAAAUGGCGGUGCACCAGAGUCCCUAUCUGGGUGGAACCCCGGUCCUGGCUAUUCUGACUCGCCAUACUGUGGAUUUUCGGUGCUUUUGAGGGAGGAGGAAAACAAAGUAAUCCGAAAUGGUUGUGGGAAUUCAAGCCCUGGUGGAAAUAUGAGAGGAAAGGGAAGGGUGAGGCCUGAAUCGGUUGCUGAAGCUGUGGCUCUUGCUGCUGGUGGGCAGCCAUUUGAGGUUGUUUAUUAUCCCAGGGCAGGCACGCCAGAGUUUUGCGUUAAGGCCUCGGCUCUGAAGGCCGCGAUGAGCAUUCAGUGGUGCUCUGGGAUGAGGUUUAAGAUGGCAUUUGAAACAGAGGAUUCUUCCCGCAUAAGCUGGUUUAUGGGAACCGUAGCUUCUGUUCAGGUUGCUGACCCCCUCCGUUGGCCUAAUUCCCCAUGGCGGCUUCUUCAGGUGACAUGGGAUGAGCCAGAUUUGCUCAAUAAUGUGAAGCGUGUAAGCCCAUGGUUGGUUGAACUGGUAUCAAACUUGCCCACCACUCACCUCUUGCCCUUCUUACCACCAAGAAAAAAGUUGCGCCUCCCGCAACAUCCAGACUUUCCACUUGAUGGCCAAUUUCCAAUGCGGUCAAUUUCAGGCAACCCCCUUGGGCCCAGCAGCCCCUUUUGUUGUCUAUCUGAUAAUGCUCCUGCAGGCAUACAGGGAGCCAGGCAUGCUCAAUUUGGAAUAUCUUUAUCAGAUCUCCACUUUAAAAACAAACUGCAGUUAGAGCUGUUUCCGUCCAGUUUCCAGCCGUUCAAAAUACAUUCAAGAACUUGCAAUGGUAUUGUCAAAGGUGACACAAACAGCAAUGAAAAUUUAUCUUGCUUGCUAACCAUAGGAAAUUCCAGCCAGAAUUCGGAGAAAUCAGAUAAAGUGAAGAGACACCAGUUUUUACUCUUCGGUCAACCAAUAGUCACGGAGCAGCAGAUUUCUCAAAGCAGUUCUAGUGAUGCAGUCUCGCAAGUUCUUAGCAGGAAAAAUACAACAGAUGGAAAUCAAGAAAACGUAAAGUUACUUUCUGAUGAUGGUUCAGGAUCCACACUUGACCAGAAGGUUUCGUUGGAGAAAUCAUCAAGUGCUGGGUUUUCAUGGCACCAGGGUUUCCAAACCACUGAACUUGGGUUGGACACUGGUCUCUGCAAGGUAUUCAUGGAGUCGGAGGAUGUGGGACGCACACUUGACCUCUCGGUUCUUGAUUCUUACGAAGAGCUGUACAGGAGGCUAUCCAAGAUGUUUGGAAUAGAAAGAUCAGACAUGCUAAGCCCUGUGCUAUACCGAGAUGCAACUGGUGCUGUAAAGCAAACUGGAGAUGAACCGUUUAGUGAUUUUAUGAAAACAGCAAAAAGACUGACAAUUCUGAAAGAUUCAGGCAGCAACAAUAUUCAAAGGACAUGGAUUACGUGGAUGAGAAAUGCUGAAAAUGGACUGGAUGCAUCAAACAAGACAGGUCCCUUGAGCAUAUUUGCAUAACAGUGUGGAGUUUUGAGACUUGGAUGUUGAAAGUGAAUAAAUCUUUGGAAGCUGCUUAUUUUUUUAGUAAAUGUAGUUAGGAAAAACAUGAAAUGAAACCAUUUAUCUUGUUUUAUGGUGAUGUCGUGGUAAAUAUCCAUACGUUUGAGAGAUAUAAUGCUCAACAUUAUGGUGAAUUUGUCUUGUAUGUGUAUAUGCCAUGAAUCCAUCUCUGGACUGAUUUUUUGCCCAGUCAUUAUAUAUUGGCAUUCCCUCUCU